AUUAAAAAUCAAAAAAAUAAAAAAUAAAAGGGAGGAAAUCCCAAGAUAUUUUUUAAAAAGUGAAGGAGUAGAGUGCGAACGCAACUACAAAAUAUCGAGGUGUGAGCUGUCUGUGUCCGCGCGCGUAUAUAUAUAACUUUAUAUUGGUCGAGUUAAGGAGCAGGGUUUAGUGAAGAAGAAAACGACGUAGAGGGAAAUGCCAAGCAGCUGGUUAUCUGGUUCGCUGUCGACUCCGAGGGUGGAUGUUUUCGUCGACGUCGGCAAUCCUUUCCUCAAUCGCACCGUCGAUGGCUUCCUGAAGAUCGGAGCGGUCGCCGCCGCGAGAGCCGCCACAGAGGAAUCAUAUUACAUCCUCAAGACAGGGAAUUUUGCGCAAGCGAAAUUUGAGCACUCAUUGAAGAAGAUGUGUAAAGAAGCUGCAUAUUGGGGAACUGUAGCUGGAGUUUAUGUUGGAAUGGAGCUUGGGGCGGAGAGGAUUUGUGGCACCAGAGACUGGAAGAAUGCCAUGAUUGGGGGUGCAUUGACUGGAGCUCUGAUAUCCCUUGCCUGCAGAAACAAAGGAGACAAGAUUGCAGUGGAUGCCAUCACAGGAGGUGCUGUGGCAACUGCUGCAGAGUUCCUCAACUAUCUCACUUGAACAAACUGGAACUCAAAAUGUUAGGCUGUGAGAGUGAACCCUUUACAAUCAUUUCAAGCUAUGCAAAUAACAAUAUGUAUAUUGAAAAGUCAAGGUUGUAUUUUUUGUUGUCUUA